AUGGAUAGCCGACGCUGCCGUUCACAGCGAAGCUCAGAGAUCCGCUGCACAGCAAAGCUCAGAGAUGAAGCGGCGCUCGCCGCUGUACAGGCGAUGGAGAUGAAGCGACGCUCGUCGCUGCACAUCGAAGCGCUACUGCACAGCGACGAGCUCCACCGUGAAAACAAGAUGGGUGAAGUCAUUCUGGGCAUGCCAGGACCUUGGGCUGAUAAUAAUUACGAAGCAGCUGAUCAUUAUACAACAAAAAUUGGUGGACUUCCUGACUGGCCUUUUCCAGCUAAUAUUGAGAGGCAUGAUCUGCUCGAGUGCAGUGCAUGUGGUAACAAUCUUUGUCUCAUUGUCCAGGUUUAUGCUCCUAUUUCAAAUAAAUCUUUGGAAAUAGAGGAGCGAGUGAUCUAUGUUUUUGGUUGCGUGAAGCCAGAGUGUAGGAGCACUCCUGUAAGCUGGAGAGUUCUUCGAGUUCAGAAGCCUUCUGGCAGUGUGGAAUUGGAAUCCCCCUCUGAUAAAAUGGUCCCUAUAACUUCUCGUUCAGUUUCAAAUAAUGAUUGGCGGGAGGAUUUGUGGUCUUUUGAAUCUGGAGGUGAGGAUGGUGAUGGUGACAUAGAUCUGGAGCAGUUGGGUAGGGCACUUUCUGAAGCUGCAAGUGUUACUUCCGUUUCCAAAAAACAAAGUUGUGAUACUGCAUCUAGUGGGAAGCGUCUACCUGUAGGCCGACCUGCUAGCUCCAUUGAUGAUAAAAUACCAGUGGUACCUUGCUUUUAUAUAUAUGCGGAGAAAGAGAAAUUCUCGAAAGACGUUAUUCCUGAAUUUUCAAAGUUGAGCUUGCUCUGUACCAAAGAGAAUGAAGAAAAUCGUGAUGAUGAAUCAGAUGGGGAACCAUGGGAACAAGAGAGUUAUGAAUACGAUAAAGCAUUGAAUGCUGAUAGGACUUACCUCAAGUUCAAAAAACGAAUGGAUGCAUACCCUGAGCAAUGUUUCAGAUAUUCGUACGGUGGAAAGCCAUUACUGGCUUCUGGAGAGGUGGGAGAUCCCGGGACAUGCAGGCUCUGUGGUGGGGCAAGGAACUAUGAAAUGCAACUGAUGCCCCCCAUAAUAUAUUUCUUACAGGAAGCUGCUGAUGAUCAACAGAGGAUAUUUGUAGAGAAAUUUGACUGGAUGACUUUGAUUAUCUACACUUGUUCCAAGAGCUGCUCCCACUUGAAUCAAGAAAAAUCGUAUAAAGGCUGGGUUAUAGCAGAGGAGGCUGUUGUCAUUCAAUAUGAAUAG